CAUGAAGCCGGUUUCAUCCGCUCAAGUCUCAUACAAGCUCGGUUAUCAAACUCCGCGAGGGUCUUAUCUUAGCGUCUCGCUGACUUAUCGGGUUUCUCCGGUUCGCUAAAUCAGAUCCGCCAGCGAACUUGAACAUUGCGUCACACGACCAUCAACAAUUGAACUUCAUUUUCACAACUCACCAUGAUGUCCAGAAGUCGUGAAGCAAGAAGCAUUGUCGCUUCGCUGCGCAGGCCACAUGUGCUGCGACCAGCCAACCCUGCAUUGGCGCGUCCCAAUGCCAACAGCUUCCAUACAACAACACCAAGAAAAACAGAUGGCGUAUUUCAGGGCCUCGAGGAUAAGAGGCAACCGAUGCCAUGGAUAGAGGCGUUCGAGCGUCAGCAACGGGGUCUGCCGGCUCAUAAGUCCGAUGACUAUCCCAAGGAACGCGAUCUGACCCCCAAGAAAAUGAGCGACAGCUAUCAUCGCGUCGUGCUCCCGCUCAAGAAAGACCCUUGGCUCUCAGACACUUAUGUCAACUCUUCGGGUCACAUAAGACUUGGAACAUUAUUCAUGGACCUCGAUGCCCUCUCUGGCAUCAUCGUCUAUAAGCAUACCGGCCCUGGCGUUACAACGGUGACCGCCGCUCUGGACCGCAUCACAAUAGCGCACCCACUUACAGAGAUUUGCGAUCUCGAGUACAGCGGUCAAGUCACUUAUGCCUCUGGCAGGAGUAGUGUCGAAAUCACCUGCAAAGUUGCCAAGGCCAGAGAAGAAGGCGAACCUAGCAAGCCAGAGGAUGUCCUUCUGACAUGCACCUUCACCAUGGUCGCCCUGGACCCUAACACAAGAAAGCCAGUCAACAUCCCCAAGCUGGUCCCCACCAAUGCGGAGGAAGAGAAGAUCUUCAAGGCUGGAGAGGCUAAGUCGCUGUCCAAGAAGGAGAAUUCUAAGGCUUCACUUCUUCAGACUGAACCUAACGAUGCCGAAUCCGCUCUGAUUCAUCAAAUCUGGUUGCGACAACUUGCAUACCACGAUCCGAAUAAUGACCUUCGCCAACCUUCCAACGUCGUCGCUAUGUCCAAGACCCAGCUUUCAACGGCUGCGAUCAUGCAACCUCAGUACCGAAAUCGUCACCAGACCAUGAUCUUUGGUGGCUUCCAUCUGAAGCAAACCUUUGAGCUUGCGUUCUGUUGUGCGGCCAGUUUUGCUCAUGCGCGACCGACCUUCAUCAGCGCUGAUCCCUGCACGUUCCGAAAUCCGGUUCCCGUCGGCAGUGUUCUGUACCUAACCGCUACUGUCGCAUACACCGAUCCUCCGCUGUUGGAGGAAGACGGUACUGAGCCUGGCUUCCCGGAUCCGGAGAAGCCCAUGACUCGUGUGCAUGUCCGUGUUGACAGUAAGGUCCGUGAUGUUGAGCAUGGUGUCGCAAAGCCAACUGGUCAGUUCAACUACACAUUCUCCGUGCCCAAAGAUCUUAAGGUCUUGCCGCAUACGUAUGAAGAGUACAUGGUGUAUAUUGAUGCUAGGAGACGUGUUUCGCUGGGUGAUAGUCAGCGAAAGGAAGAGUCUAAGGCCUUCUCCGAAAAGAGGCCUGAAGCCACGGAUAAUGUCAAUCUGAUUGGAUAAGGAGGAUUGGUGCUUAUGUGAGCUGCCAAUAAGCAAGCCUAGACAGUCUUGAAGGCCGGUGCUGCUGGUAUCUGAAGGAGAAUCAGGAAGGCGACACGUAGGGACACCUGAGGAGAGGAUGUAAUUAUUAUGUCCGAAUCUUAAUACCGAUGUGAGAACUCUUAGUAUAGUAGUAAGCCCAAAAUGGAUUACAUUGAGCC